UUAGGGCUAGAAAGCGAGCGAGGUCUGGCGCUGCGCAUCGUAGUCGUGCCAUCGGGAAAAGACAAUAUCACCCGCGCGCUGAACAGACACAUCAGAGCCCCUCAGGCACGACAGCUCAAGUAGUCUUCUGAUAGAGCGAUUGAUACACGAGAAGGGGACAAGGAAACAGGAUCGCACGAGAAUAAGGAUCAGCUGAUUUCCUCAUGUCUGAAUGAUUGUUGAACGAUCGUUAAUGCGUAACGCUCAGCACUCCCUCGUGUGAGGGUAUAGAAUGGAAACAACCCUCUACCCAGGCACCGUGGUGAAUACUCAGAAGAUCCCUAGCAUCUAUUCCCAGAUCACAAUGAUGAAGAAGGAUAUUAAUCUGAACCUGGACGACCACAACUCCGAGCUCAAAUCUAACCCGCUCCGGGACACAGACGGACUCCUAAACUCUCCAGACUUGGGACUCUUGAAACUAACCUCCCCGGACCUGGAGCGCCUUAUUAUCCAGUCAAACGGUCUGGUUACCACAGCCAACCCGGCCUCCCAAUUCCUCUACCCGAAGUCGGCCAGUGACGAGCAGGAGUUCGCGGAAGGCUUCGUGAAGGCGCUGGAGGAUCUUCACAAGCAGAAUCAGCUGAGCGAAGCGGGCUGCGUCUCCGUGGAUAGACUGGAGCUCCUCGGAUCCGCCAACGCAAUCGGGUCGGUCGGGCUUCAUAAUUCAGACCUCCCUGUUUACACUACUUUGAACGGCUAUGCGGCCAGUCCGAUCGGAGCCACCACCAUCAACUACUCCACGGACACCAUCCCCUUCCCGCCGCCUCCGUCUCAUCUGGCCAGCGCGCAGCAACAGGCGGCUGCUCUGUCACGACUCCAGUCUGCCGGUUUGGUGAAGGACGAGCCUCAGAUUGUGCCAGACAUGCAGAGCUUCGGGGACAGCCCCCCUCUGUCUCCCAUCGACAUGGACAACCAGGAGCGCAUCAAGGCGGAGAGGAAAAAGCUGCGGAACAGGAUAGCCGCCUCCAAAUGCCGCAAGAGAAAACUGGAGAGGAUCUCUCGGCUGGAAGACAAGGUCAAGAGCCUGAAAACGCAGAAUACAGAACUGGCCUCCACAGCCAGCGUCCUCAGGGAGCAAGUGGCCCAGCUGAAGCAGAAGGUGAUGAGCCAUGUCAGCAGUGGAUGCCAGCUUUUACCAAACCAGGUCCAGGCGUACUAAAUCCUCUUUAUGGAUGUUUAUGCAGCUUUAAAUAUGCUCUGAUUGAGGAUACAGGCCUGUAUUAUGAGGAACAUUUGCCUUUUGUAACACAGAAUCCUUAUCAGAGACUUGAUAUGAGGCCAUUGUAAAUGCACCCUCCAGAUAAAGCCUGUAACUGAGAAACAAAGCAGACAUAUGCACUGCACAGUGCAAUGAACAUGCCUUGAUAAAGGCUGCAAGUCUACUGGAAUGAUGACAGGUUAACCAGCAGCAGGUGGGCUGCAGCCUGAACUCCGCCAGUGUUAUGCUGCAAACAGACUUAUUUUGUUGCCCUAAUGUUUUUUGGGAAGCCAUGUAGCAAACUCCUAUCCAGUGGACUGGUGCAGGAUAGCGUGUAUCUGUGUGUAAGCUGGACAAUCUCAACUAGAGUGCAACCAAACACCAGGGUGUCACCAAGUGCUGUCACCCACUGUGUAAUAUAAUGCCUUACUUGUUUACAAGCACUUAGCAAUGACAAAUAUAUAUUUUAUUUACUGAAACAUUUCUUAUUUUACAUAUGGUCUUACUUCUUUUUUUGGUUAUUGCAAAAAAUGAACACUGCAUGUAUUGUCGCUCUUGUGUACAGUAACUAUUGUAUUUUUCAUUAUGGCGGCUGCUGUGUAGUUCUUCAGUCGCCAAACUUCCAUGAAUGUAUGUGUACGUGCUGAGAAACCCUAUCUAUCCAUGUAUAAUGGACUUUCAAGUCUCAACCUUACAUUUAUUAAAUUCACUACAUUACUAAA